CGGAGCGGCUGGACUCCGCCCGGAGCCGGGAAGCGAAGCCCCUCCCGCCUGCUCGGCGCGGGAGCCCGGGGGCGUCAUGGAGCCCCGGGUGGUUGCGGAUGCUGUGGAGGCGGGAGAGGAGGACGUGAUUAUGGAGGCUCUGCGCACGUACAACCGGGAGAACUCCCAGAGCUUCACGUUUGAUGAUGCCCAACAGGAGGACAGGAAGAGACUGGCGGAGCUGCUGGUCUCGGUCCUGGAGCAGGGCUUGCCACCCUCCCGCCGCGUCACCUGGCUGCAGAGCAUCCGCAUCCUGUCCAGGGACCGCAGCUGCCUGGACCCUUUCACCGGCCGCCAGAGCCUGCAGGCACUUGCCCGCUAUGCUGGCAUCGCCUUCGAGCAGUCGGCCCCGGAGCCUCUGGACAUGGACGUUGUACUCGAGUCCCUUAAGUGCCUGUGCAACCUCGUGCUCAGCAGCCCGGUGGCACAGGUGCUGGCAGCAGAGGCCCGCCUGGUGGUGAGGCUCGCAGAGCGCGUGGGGCUAUAUCACAAGAGCAGCUUCCCACACGACAUCCAGUUCUUUGACUUGCGCCUCCUCUUCUUGCUAACGGCACUUCGCACCGACGUGCGCCAGCAGCUGUUUCAGGAAUUGCGGGGAGUGCACCUGCUGACUGAUGCGCUGGAGCUGACACUGGGAAUGACCCCCGAAGAGAACCCGCCUGAGCUUCUUCCUCCCCAGGAGACUGAGCGGGCCAUGGAGAUCCUCAAAGUGCUCUUCAACAUCACCUUUGAUUCCAUCAAGAGAGAGGUGGACGAGGAAGAUGCUUCCCUUUAUCGGCACCUGGGGACCAUCCUGCGGCACUGUGUGAUGGUUGCUGCUGCUGGAGACCGCACAGAGGAGUUCCACGGCCACACUGUGAACCUCCUGGGGAACUUGCCCCUCAAGUGUCUGGACGUUCUCCUUACCCUGGAGCCACGCAAAGGCUCCUUGGAGUUCCUUGGAGCGAACAUGGAUGUGAUUCAUGUCCUUCUCAGCUUCCUGGAGAAGCGUCUGCACCAGACGCACAGGCUGAAAGAGAGCGUGGCCCCCGUGCUGAGCGUGCUGACAGAGUGUGCCCGCAUGCACCGCCCUGCCAGGAAGUUCCUGAAGUCCCAGGUGCUGCCCCCACUGCGGGACGUGAGGACCCGGCCCGAGGUUGGGGAGUUGUUGCGGAACAAGCUCGUUCGCCUCAUGACACACCUGGACACUGAUGUGAAGAGAGUGGCCGCUGAGUUCCUUUUUGUCCUGUGCUCUGAGAAUGUGCCCCGAUUCAUCAAGUACACGGGCUACGGGAAUGCCGCCGGCCUUCUGGCUGCCAGGGGCCUCAUGGCGGGGAGCCGGCCUGAAGGCCAGUAUUCGGAGGACGAGGACACGGACACAGAUGAGUACAAGGAAGCCAAGGCCAGCAUAAACCCAGUGACCGGGAGGGUGGAGGAAAAGCCGCCCAACCCCACGGAGGGCAUGACGGAGGAGCAGAAAGAGCAUGAGGCCAUGAAGCUGGUGAACAUGUUUGACAAGCUCUCCAGGCACAGAGUCAUCCAGCCCAUGGGGAUGAGUCCCCGGGGUCAGCUGACAUCCCUGCAGGAUGCCAUUUGUGAGACCAUGGAGGGGCAGCUCUCCUCGGAACCCGACUCAGACCCCGACUGAGGACAGCAGUCUUCUGUUCCCCCUUCAGAACUGGUGCUGCUUCCAGAGAUGUCCUUGGGACUGUGACCCGGGGAAGCCAUGUCCCUCUCUCCAGCUCAGAGACCCCUUUUCUCUUUACUUCCAAAGUUCUGUUAAUGAUUUGUCUCUGGUCCAAUUUCUUAUUUUUAGGACUGUGAGGGCCUUGUCCUGCUGCAGCUCUGGGAACUCAGCCUUGAUUUCCACAGAUGAAAUAGUUCUCAUGUGUGUGCCAAGAGGAUGUAUGCAGAGGCUGAUGCCUGGGGCAGAGGCU